ACAUCAACAGAAAUCGGGAGGAAGGGGGCACACGAGACCUUAUCCUCACUGCUUAGCCAUGGCGUCGGUUAUGGUUGGAGCUGCACCAGUAGUCACUUUAUCGCUUAAUCGUGUUUCCUCUUCUUCUUCUUCUUCUUCCUCCUUCUCUCGCAUUUCGUUCUCCAAUUCUGAAUCUCUAGGCACUCCCCUUGCAAUUUCAACUUCGCCACUUCCAGUCUCCACCGCUCCCUCUGCAUCAACUCUCUACGUGUAUUGCGGCAGAGGCGACCGCAAAACGGCGAAGGGAAAGCGUUUCAAUCACUCCUUCGGCAAUGCGAGGCCAAGGGACAAGAAGAAGGGGAGGGGACCGCCGAGGGUGCCGAUGCCUCCGUCGACUGUAAAGAAAGACAGAUUCGAUGAUAUUGAUGAUGAUGAUGAUGAUAAGGCUGAGAAUGAAACCGAUGAUUAGACCCUUUUAAUCCCUUCACUGUUGUAAGUUCUAAACCGAAAAUUGAAUUUGCUUCCUUUUAUGUUAUUAUCUCAAGUACUUUUGAAUGGGUUAAUCUGUUCUUGUCGUAGCAUUGCAUUAUUAGAUUUAUUAGAUUUUGUUGUUGGGUAAAUUAGUAUUUGGUCUUUGCAAUAGGGUAUUAAUAGCAGCUGAAAAUAUAGUUUCCCUAGUUGG